AGACUUGACUGAAAUCAGGAGAACUAUGGACACACUGUGUCAAUAUUAGCAGACAGUCCAGAAAACAUUUACAUUCACGCUUUCUCAACAAGCUCCUAUAUUAUCAGUUGGGUUUGACACCAGAAGUUUUCCACAUAAUUCAGUGCUCUCCUAUAGAGAAGUGCCUUGCGAUAAAAUCUCGGCAUGUUUCGGGUCUUCAGGACCUUUCUUUGUCUACUUCUUGUGCACUCUGUCACCCCUGAGGUCUUCCUCCACACCAAGGAUGCCAACCAGGUCCUCGCACGUCACAGGCGAGCCAACAGCCUAUUCGAGGAAUUAAAAAAGGGUGACAUGGAGCGCGAGUGCAUAGAAGAGCGAUGCAGUUACGAAGAGGCUCGAGAGAUCUUUGAGGAUGACAAAAAUACGAGCGAGUUCUGGAACAUAUACCAUGAUGGAGAUGCGUGUUUAUCUCAGCCUUGUCUGAACAAGGGUGUGUGUAAAGAUGGACUCGGGCGAUACACAUGUUUCUGCCCUGAACUGUUUCAGGGAUAUAACUGUGAGAUUGCGAUACCGCAGCUGUGUGAGGUUAAUAACGGUGGCUGUGAGCACUUCUGCAAAGUGGACCACAAGAAAGGGACCACAGUUUGCUCUUGUGCCAAAGGUUACAACCUAGCAGAGGACAGGAAAUCGUGUUACUCUGACCAGCCCUUCAAAUGCGGCUAUGUGUUCCCCAAGGCAACCCGAAGCCUUUUAUCAUUUGAACCCAUAGAAAAUGUCACUAAUCCUGCCAAUGACACAAGCCUUACCAGUGUGUAUGAAGGAAAUAAUGCGACCAAAAACAAGCCCGUCACAGAUUCCACGCAGAGCCAAGUAGAAUCAAGCAGUCUGUUUGGACUGUUAGACAUCAGUCCAACUGCCACGGCAGCACCAGAGCUUCCAAAGGGUGAUGGAGAAAAAAGGAUCGUCAACGGCGAGGACUGUCCUCCUGGAGAAUGUCCGUGGCAGGCACUGCUUAUAAAUGAGGACAAGAUCGGCUUCUGUGGAGGGACCAUUCUGAACGAGUACUUCAUUCUGUCUGCAGCUCACUGCAUGAAGCUGUCUCGCUCCAUCAAAGUUAUUCUAGGUGAAACAUACACUAUGUCCUGGGAAGGGCGAGAAGCAAUACAUGAAGUUGAACAGGUGCUGGUGCAUACAAACUAUCAGCCUGAGACCUACCACAACGACAUUGCCCUCAUCAAGCUCGUCAAGCCCAUUACCUUCACCAAGUACAUCCUCCCUGCAUGCCUCCCCGAGCGUGACUUCGCAGAGCGUGUGCUUAUGCAACAAGAUGAGGGCAUGGUGAGUGGAUUCGGCCGUCUCCAAGAAGGCGGAAUGCAAGCCACCACCCUGCAGAGGCUCACAGUGCCCUAUGUCGACCGCUCCAUCUGCAGGGAGUCCACCAAGUUCAACAUCAGCCCUCGCAUGUUCUGUGCCGGAUACGACAGAGUGAACAAGGAUGCAUGUCAGGGUGACAGCGGUGGCCCGCAUGUCACCAGAUACAAAAACACCUGGUUUGUGACGGGUGUGGUAAGCUGGGGUGAGGGCUGUGCUCGCGAUGACAAGUACGGCAUCUACACGCAGGUCUCCAAGUACCUCAAGUGGAUCGACAGCGUCAUGGAGGUGGUCACAGCCGAGAGUGCAACCAACAGGGAAUAGAAGGAACAGAGAUGCGAAAUGCAACACAAAACGACUGGAACUAAACUACAUUUCAAUAAAGGUUCCAUAUAUUCAUCACCUCAUCAUGUUGUCUGUCAUUUUUAAGUUGUAAUUUUGUUUAUUCUUCAUUUUGUCAAGGGACGUUUCAGGUUGACGUUGGUACAUUUCACUGAAUUAAUAGCCAUUCUUGAGCUUAAGUGGGUGUGUUAGGGCUUGAAAAUGCUAAAACCUGCAGUUAAACACCACUCGAGAGAACAACAUGAGGUUUUAAAGUCCAAACCUAACCUUUGGGCUACUCUGGGACAUUCUGUUUGCUCUGUUGUUUGCAGAUUAGAGUCCUUUUACUGUUUGUUCUUUUAAACUUUCAGAUGAAUAAAUGUUCAACCCUGUU